GAGGAGAAAAAUAAUGUCAAAACUGGUGGGAAAACUUUGAGUUGCUCUCAAACCAAACAGAAAGAUUUAAAGAAAAAAAGAGUUAAGGUAUCUUUCACCUGCACUCAGGGUGGAAAGAGUUUCACAUGUAAAUCAAAUCUUAAGCAUAACAUGAGAGUUCAUACUGGAGAGAAACCAUUCACUUUCAAUCAGUGCAGGAAGAUUUUCAAACAAUCAUCAAACCUUAAGGAUCACAUGAACAUCCACACUGGAGAGAAACCUUACAAGUGUUCACACUGUGACAAGAGAUUCAGUGUGUCAUCGAGUCUGAAAACACAUGAGAGGAUCCACACUGGAGAGAAACCUUACAAGUGUUCACACUGUGACAAGAGAUUCAGUCAGUCAGGAAAUCUGAAAACACAUGAGAGGAUCCACACUGGAGAGAAACCUUACAUGUGUUCACACUGUGACAAGAGAUUCAGUCGGUCAGCAGGUCUGAAAAAACAUGAGAGGAUCCACACUGGAGAGAAACCUUUUAAGUGUUCACACUGUGACAAGGGAUUCAGUGAUUCGACACAUCUGAAAACACAUGAGAGGAUCCACACUGGAGAGAAACCUUACAAGUGUUCACACUGUUUCAAGAGAUUCAAUCAUUUAUCAAGUCUGAAAAAACAUGAGAGGAUCCACACUGGAGAGAAACCUUACAAGUGUUCACACUGUGACAAGAGAUUCUGUGUGUCAUCAAGUCUGAAAACUCAUGAGAGGAUCCACACUGGAGAGAAACCUUACAAGUGUUCACACUGUGACAAGAGAUUCGGUGUGUCAUCAAGUCUGAAAACUCAUGAGAGGAUCCACACUGGAGAGAAACCUUACAAGUGUUCACACUGUGAAAAGAGAUUCUGUGUGUCAACAGAGCUGAAAACACAUGAGAGGAUCCACACUGGAGAGAAACCUUACAAGUGUUCACACUGUUUCAAGAGAUUCAAUCAUUUAUCAAGUCUGAAAACACAUGAGAGAAUCCACACUGGAGAGAAACCUUACAAGUGUUCACACUGUGACAAGAGAUUCGGUGUGUCAUCAAGUCUGAAAACUCAUGAGAGGAUUCACACUGGAGAGAAACCUUACAAGUGUUUAAUCUGUGACAGGAAAUUCAGUGAUUCAUCGAGUCUGAAAAAACAUGAGAGGAUUCACACUGGAGAGAAAGCACAUCACCGCAAUGUACGUGGGAAGUGUUCCAUUGAGUCAUCUGUUAUACACAAAAACCAACCACAGUAAGGCCCCGUACACGCAGAGACGCAUUUAACUGUAUAUGUAAAUAUUUUGUAUGGUAUAUGCGUUUCGUCCAGACGGAUCCGGCAUUCGGGGCAGUCAAAACCCUAUU